AUGUCGGAACCCGUUGAUCAGUUAUUAAAAACGUACCUUCAGUCAUGUGAUUAUUCAAUUGAUUCCUCUUCCAGGAAGAAAGCACUUGAAAUGUCAUGUUUGUGUUGCCAUGUUUAUGGUGGUGAAGGACAUCUUCCUGAUGGUUGGCUCGUAUGCACUCGUGAAGUUGAGGGACUUAAAAAAAGGGACGAGAGUUGCGGUUUUCGAUCUGAAUUGUACACAAAUGGUUCCAAAUAUGUACUCGCCUUUGCGGGAGUUCACGACAACCGAAGCGCUUUUGAAAGUGCGCUGCAAUUAGUUGGAAAAUCGGAUGCGUACAAGUUAGCAGCGGCAAAUGCGGCGUUGGUGGUUUCCGCUUUUGGAUUAUCAAAUGUUUCAUUCACGGGGCAUUCGCUUGGCGGUGGUUUGGCGACUGCAGCUGCUGUUUUUACCGGCGCUCCCGCCAUUACCUUCAAUCCCGCUUGGCUUUCAUCAUCCACAAGAUCCGAGUUGUUAAAAUUCCCUUCGGUUGAGGUAAUUAAUUAUGUUAUUUUUGCCGAAGCGCUUGAUGUGUUCCAACGACAUCCGCAACUUCUGAACUCCGUCCCUGCUGGAGCUUUUUUUGCUGGACUUCUCAGUAACAGCAAAAUUCAACAGUUUGGCACAUUUAAAUAUAUUUACUGUAAAGUUAUACAUGACAGGCCACAUUAUAUUGAUGCUCACCUCAUAGAGACAAUUAUUGAGGAAUUACGGAAGGAAAAUGGAGAAAAAAUUUCAGCUUCCGACCUGGCCGCUUCAUCACUCCAUGAAGAUGUUAUGGGAGGUAUGGCACAACUUGUGCAACAAAAGAUGUCAGUUAUUAUGGAAGUUGUUGCGUCUGUCAUGUCAAAGCAAUUUUCUGCCGGAGGGUUCGGUUCUUCAUGA